UAAAUGCCCACCGGGUCCUCGACUUCAGACCUCGCUUCGGAGGCCUCCCCGGGAGCUUCUAGAGCGUUCAAAAUAUGAGAGGCGGACGGAGACUGAGGGAUUUAGGUUUCAUGCAUAUGCAUUAGUGUAUAGCCAAGAAAAUACCAAGGAACAAAAGGCUUCUUUCACAUUCACACGUGGAUUGGCAUCCCGUUGGCAUUAUUUGAGACCUGCCAAACUCCUUCCAUUUGGCACAGACUUCUAUGGUCCGGUCACUUUCUUCAGCCGCUUUGCGAAUCCUUCCGCCCCUUAAUACUCAACACAACUCCCACAUACAACCGCAGAACGCCAAAAUUGUGCUUUCAAAAUAGCCGCUAUUAUGCCAGAGGAAAAGAAACUUGAGUCUGGUCAGGUCCUGGUCUUGGAUACGUCCGAGAGGAGACCUACCGGCUUCAGCUUCACGAGCCAGCUCACCGACGAAAUCAAUUCAAGCUUGGCAGCUAUACCUUUACUUGCCUGCUGUUUUGCGACAGGUCUUACUGAUGGAACUCUCUAUAACGCGUAUGGUACUUUCGUGUCAAUGCAAACUGGAAACACGGUCUUUGUUGCACUAGGAGCUUCUGGGCAAAACAACAAGCCUUACGGAUUCGCUCGCUCCCUUUGCUCGAUAGGGUGCUUCGUAGUUGGCUGUUUCGCCUUUUCCCGUCUACACAAACUGAUCGGCGGAGGCCGUCUUCGAAAAACUCUCCUCUCCUCUUUCUUCGCGCAGACCGUUUGUGUUGCCAUCGCGGCAACCAUCAUCCAGACCGGUAUUGUCGAUGGCACAUACCCCUCACGAAGAGACCCAGCGGACGUCGAUUUCACUGAACUUGCACCCAUUGCAUUGCUUAGUUUCCAGGCUGCAGGUCAGAUCGUCAACAGUCGUGGACUAGGCGUGAGCGAGGUGCCCACUGUCGUAAUCACAACUCUGUUGUGUGAUCUAGUGAGCGAUGAGCGGAUUCUGGCGCCACUGAAGAAGAAUGGCAAGCGCAAUCGCAGAGCUAUAGCCUUUGUCCUCACCCUCUCUGGUGCCAUAUGCGGAGGAUGGAUAUCCAAGGCAACAGGCGCCGUGCAGCCUAGUCUUUGGUUUGUUGCGGCCAUCAAGGGAGUCAUCACGCUUUCCUGGUUAUGGAUCAGCAAGUGAACUCAAAGCUGUAUAUACACGAUAGAACAUAUUAGACAGUCCAUGCACCUUGACUAGAAUAGACUAUAUCAUAGCUUUUGGAAAUUAAUGCUCAUUUGAAUUAUUUGA